AUGCUGCAUGCGACAACGAGCCCAGGACCUGGCCUCCUGCCGGUGUUCCUGAUUCUGCUUGGCAUGGCCUGGGCAGAGGUGAGGCUACAGCAGCCGCAGGAGCAGGCUCCAAUGCCCGGAGGCCUGAGCAAGAAGGAAAGCUUCUUGCUCCUCUCCCUGCACAACCGCCUGCGCAGCCGGGUCCAGCCCCCUGCGGCCAACAUGCAGAGACUGGACUGGAGCGAGAGCCUGGCCCAGCUGGCUCAAGCCAGGGCAGCCCUCUGCGGCAGUGCGGCCCCCAGCCCAGCACCGGUCCCAUACGUGGGCUGGAACAUGCAGCUGCUGCCCAGGGGCUCAGCAUCCUUUGUCCAAGUGGUCAACCUGUGGUUCGCCGAGGGACAGUGGUACAGCCACGCAGCAGCCGAGUGUGCCUACAAUGCCACCUGCACCCACUACACCCAGCUCGUGUGGGCCACCUCAAGCCAGCUAGGCUGCGGGUGGCAUGCGUGCUCUGUGGGUCAGGUGGCGAUGGAAGCCUUUGUCUGCGCCUAUGCCCCAGGAGGCAACUGGGAGGUCAACGGGAAGACCAUCAGCCCCUAUAAGAAGGGCGCCUGGUGCUCGCUCUGUACGGCCAGCCUCUCAGGUUGCUUCAAAGCCUGGGACCAUGCAGGAGGGCUCUGUGAGGUCCCCAGGAAUCCAUGCCGCGUGAGCUGCCGGAACGGCGGACAACUCAACAUGAGCACCUGCCGCUGCCACUGUCCCCCUGGCUACACGGGCAGAUACUGCCAAGUGCGGUGUGGUGUGCGGUGUGUGCACGGCCAAUUCCGGGAGGAGGAAUGCUCCUGCGUCUGCCAGGUCGGCUACGGCGGAGCCCAGUGUGCCACCAAGGUGCACUUUCCCUUCCACACCUGUGACCUGAGGAUCGAUGGAGACUGCUUCACGGUGUCUUCGGAGGCAGACACGUAUUACGGAGCCAAGAUGAAAUGCCAGGAACAGGGCGGCGUGCUAGCCCAGAUCCAGAGCCAGAAAGUGCAGGACAUCCUCGCCUUCUACUUGGGCCGCCUGGAGACCACCAACGAGGUGACCGACACGGACUUUGAGACCAGGAACUUCUGGAUCGGGCUCACCUACAAGACCGCGAAGGACUCCUUCCGCUGGACCACGGGGGAGCACCACUCCUUCACCAGUUUUGCCUUUGGGCAGCCUGACAACCAGGGGUUUGGCAACUGUGUGGAGCUGCAGGCCUCAGCUGCUUUCAACUGGAAUGACCAGCGCUGUAAAACCCGAAACCGUUACAUCUGCCAGUUUGCCCAGGAGCACAUUUCCCGAUGGGAUCCAGGACCCUGAGGUCUCUGGCCAGGCUGCUCUCCCAGCCAACCCCCUGGUGCACCAGCCCUGC